AUGAAGUUCAGCCCGAUCGACCCGGACAUCGAUUCUGCGACACCGCCUAUCCUCGCUGCAGCGUUCAUCCUCCACAAGUUGUUAGGCCUCCACUCACUCAGACCUGGACCCGAACCAGAGCCAGUUGCUCUCAUCAACGGCGGGAAGUUCAACUGUGGUCGCAACGCUCCUGCUCUUGGCAUCGCUACAAUUUGGAUCCCAGACCUGUUCACCAUCGUUGACGGUCGACUUCAUCAUAUAACGCUACACUGGCAGUUUGAUCUAGCCAGGAGGUCGGGUGACCAAAUCUGUUAUUGGGAUGAAAUCAACGGGCAGCUUCUCCUCUACGGUCUAACCCGAGAGUUCCCCUACGAGCCUGCGGUCGCCCGCGGUCCGGUUGAAAUCUUCAUCGAAAUCACCAACCGCCCAGCCGUCCUCCCGCCCGGCUUCUGGGCCACUGAAAAGGUCCUCAUUGGCCCUUCUUGGGGUCUGCCGGGCUGGGUACCCUGGCUUCCGACAGAAGACCCUCUGUUCCUGAGCACCGAGAGAUCUCUUGGGGGACGUCCUGGGACAGUCGGCGACCUGCGCUGGUGCGGUACUUGCGGCAAGUGGCUCUUGGCCCCUUACUUCUUCGACCACGUUGGUGCCCGCGCGAAUUCGCGCACAUGCAACCGGUGUAUCAUGCGCCGAGACCUUCGUAGCCAGGCGUACAAUUCGAGAGACGCCUGGCUUGUGGCGAAGAAGCCGACAAUGAUGUGGCUCCGCUCUGGCGAAGCGGGUUACGACCACUAG